AUGGCUGAUCUACCGUCGAUGAGGGUUUCUCAACUUCGAGCGUUUUCCCAAGUGGCAGUGGAUUUUGCAGGUCUAAUUUACACCAUCAUUAGUCGAACUCGCGGAGCUAGAUCGGUGAAAUCAGACUUUUGUAUUUUUAUAUGUUUAGCUACUAAGGCUAUGCAUUUAGAAUUAGUUUCAGCUCUCACCACGGAAGCUUUCUUAGCAGCCCUGCGACGGUUCACUUCCAGACGAGGCAAGUGUUCAUUGAUCAUUUCCGACCAGGGCACAAACUUUAUCGGAGCGUCCAAUUAUCUACAGAAAAUGGCAGAAGCGGCUGGUGCUCAAUUGGAGUUGGAAUGGAAAUUUAACCCACCUGGUGCUCCACAUUUUAACGGUUUCGCAGAAGCAGGGGUUAAAUCUGUUAAACAUCAUUUAUUGCGAGUGGUUGGAGAUCAGAAACUUACGUUUGAGGAGGUUUACACCGUGUUAACACAGAUGGAAGCCGUUCUCAAUUCCAGGCCCCUUGCAGCAUUAUCGAACGAUCCCAACGAUUUACAGUCAUUAACCCCUGCACAUUUUUUGUGUUUGGAACCUAUAAAUUCAUCUGUUUUAGAUCCCGAUUUCACGCAGGUAGUAAUCGAUUAA